GCACCAUGCGAUCUUGCAGCCACGGCCCUUGAAUUGGUGGAGUACGUACCAUCUCUUCUCCCGUUGAUGGCGAGUUGAUGGUCUUCGACUGCAGCGUCGAUCGAGUCGAGAUUGCCGGAGGCAGCGUACGUUUACGCUGCUCGCGGUGAUGUGAGCCCCGCCAGCAUCUAGCAAGCUUUAAUUUGCUAGCUUGGAUCGAUUAUCAGAUUUACGACUCAAGCCAAAAGAUCUCCGUCUUCAAAGCAUACUCAGGGAAGUGCUGUGUCACUAGGUAAACCAACAUAUAUAUAGGGCAAGAUGAACAUUGCCACUGGGGCACUGAGCACCCUCCUCCCCAAGCUUGCGGAGCUGGUGGCGGGCGAAUACAAGCUGCAGAAAGGUGUGAAGCGAGAGAUCGAGGAACUCAUCAAAGAGCUGGCAACCAUGACUGAAGCCCUCCACACGGUGGCUGAGGUACCACCGGACCAACUUGAUAAGCUCGUCAAGAUCUGGGCCGGCGAUGUGAGAGAGCUUUCCUAUGACAUAGAAGAUCAAGUCGACACAUUCAUGUUACGCGGCAAGCCUUUAAGCCAGAAGAGGCUCAUUGGUACGGUCACCAGUUUGAUAAAGAAGAUCAAGACUAACCAUCAGAUCCAUAAUGCUAUCGAAGACAUCAUGGACCAGCUCAAGAAGGUCGCUCAGCGCCGUGAUAGGUACAAUGUUGGCAACAUUAUUGCUGCAAAGCCAGAUAUUGUGCCUGUUGAUCCUCGCUUAGAAGCUAUGUACAGAAGGGCCACAGAGCUGGUUGGUAUUGGCGGCCCAAAGAAUGAGCUAGCUAAGCGACUCUUGGAAGAGGACUGCUCAUCGUCAUCGAGGCAGCAAUCAAACAUAAUUUCUAUUGUUGGAUUUGGGGGACUGGGGAAGACCACUCUUGCCAAUUCAUUGCUUCAAGAUCUUAAGUCAAAAUUUGAUUGCCAUAUUUUUGUCUCGGUCUCCGUUAAUCCUGAUAUAAAGAAGAUUUUCAAGAACAUCCUCCUCCAACUUGAUGAGAAUGAAUAUAGUCGCAUAGAUGAAGGGUGGGAAGUGAAGCAGCUCAUUGACAAAACUAUAGAAUUCCUCAAGAACAGAAGGUGUUUGUGCGUGAUUGAUGAUUUAUGGAAAGAAACGGCUUGGGAUGCUAUCAAGCUUGCUUUCCAAUAUGGUCACCCUGGAAGCAAGAUAAUCAUAACCACUCGCAAAUGGAAUGUUGCAGAACAUAUUUGUGGUGGUGUUUAUGAGCUGAAGCCACUUUCUGAUGAUGACUCAAGAAAGUUGCUCUACAAGAGAAUAUUUGACACUGAAGAUGGGUGCCCUCCUAGUUUCGUAGAAGUUGCUGGAAAAAUCAUAAAGAAAUGUGGUGGUGUACCAUUGGCCAUUAUUACUACAGCAAGUUUACUAGCUAGUAGAGCGAUGCAUUUAGAGGAAUGGGAGAGGGUGAAUAAGUCUAUCGGUUCUGGACUUCUUGGACAUAGUCUUGACGGGAACAAGAUGAGGAAGAUCUUAAGCCUGAGCUACAAUGAUCUGCCUUUUCAUUUGAAGACUUGUUUGCUGUCUCUAAGCAAAUAUCCUGAGGAUCAGUUGAUUAGAAAGGAUGUUUUGGUAUGGAGCUGGAUAGCAGAAGGUUUCAUUAAACAUGAGGAGACACAAGGACCUGCAUGGAAAAGCUUGCUGGAGAUAGCAGAGAGCUACUUCAAUGAUCUCAUCAAUCGAAGUUUGAUCCAGCCAGCACAAAGUCAUGCCCCUUCUGAACAAGAUGGUCAGGUGCAUUAUUGCCAAGUGCAUGACAUGGUGCUUGAGCUAAUAAAUCACUUGUCAGCUGAAGAAGGUUUUGUUACAGUGUUGUCAGAAGAUGGACAACAAGCAGGCACACUUACAUCUGCCAUGCAGAAGAGGAAGAUUCGCCGGCUAUCGCUCCAUAAUAACAGCACCGGAUCCUAUGGAGCCUCACCAGAAGCAGAAAAAGAGCAACUGUCCAAAGUGAGGUCACUUGAUAUCUUUGGCAAGGUCACAUUGAUACCGCCCCUGUCAAUCUUUGGUGUCCUGCGUGUGUUGCAGGUAGAUGACUGCUCUGGUCUGGAUAACCAUCAUCUUAAUGAUCUUGGCAAGUUGCGUCUCCUGAGAUUUCUGCGGCUACAUGAUUUGAAAAUUGUUAAGCUACCCAAGAGUAUUGGCGAGCUAGAGUCCCUGGAGACAUUGGACAUAAGAAAACAAGUCAGCAUGCUACGGCCAAGGCGAAUGGUAUUACCAGUGUCCUUUGCCAAACUAAGAAAACUUGUCCGGCUACUCGCUAAUGGAGUGGAACUGCCGAAUGGUUUGACUCUGAAGAAUAUGACAUCACUACGAGAGAUAGUAGGCAUACAGGUUACCUUGCACGCAGUGACCGAGCUUGGUAAACUGGGAGAACUAAAGGUCCUAGGGCUUUACGUGCCUAGGCCUAAUGAGUCAUCAAGUGACCGAGGUUGGUAUGUGACAUCUCUUAUGAUGGAACAUGGGAUGAGAUUGCCCCCUUCUGUCAACGAAUGGAUUGUCAAGUGCCUACAAUUGUGCCCCAGUUUACAAAUAUUCAUCCUAGAAGCCCCACAUUUUUGUCGCUAUCCCGUGGAUUUGAUGGCGCAGUUUCCUUCUGGUCUGCGGACAUUCAUUUGCCAUGGUGGCUACUUUGAGAAGGCAUUCCCAAAGUGGACUAAGCCGCAGCUGUCCUAUCUCACCGUCUUACACCUCAGUCUUCAUACUGUGUGUGUACUACCUGAGCACAUUGAGCAGCUUGCUGAGUUACCAUCUCUUUGUUUUCUCAUGAUAAAUUCAGUUUGUCAGUCGUAUCGUGUGCAGGAGACCCUCAGCAGUUCAUCUGGAUUCCCGUGCUUAACGUAUCUUGAUCUUUGGUCUCCCAAGUUGUUCCUUAAGUUUCAACAGGGGGCUAUGCCAAAACUUCAAAAACUUCGACUUACAUUUUCCCCCAAAUUCACUUUUGAUGAGUACAAUGUCUUUGAUUAUGGCUUGGAGAACCUCCCUUCUCUCCGUCAUGUUAUCAUUCAGUUAAUGGGGUCUGGUCGCACUAUAAUGGAAAUGGAUGAUGCUAUUAGGAAGGCAGUUAAUGAUCAUCCCAACCAUCCAUCACUCGAUUUGUUGACUAAAAUAUAAGAUUUAAAGGACAGAAGCAGCAGCAUGUAAUUUGUUACUCGUCACAUUCCUUGGUCACAGGAUUACGUGCUUUUCCAUGAAAUUUAUUCCAAUAAAUUCAGUACCAGUAUUUGUUUGAAAAAUACUUUCGUCCAUGUGUGUUUGUUGUAUGAAAUUUAUUCCAAUAUAAAACCAGUACUAGUAUUUGUUUCAAAAACUUACUGUCAUCCAUAUACUGGGUUUGCUGUAAUUGAGUAUGGUCGUGAUCUAUUUAUUAGGACUUAAUUAAUGGACACCUCAUGUGGAGUUAUUCAAUUCAGAGCCCCAACAAUUGUGGCUAGGCGGCUUGAGUCUUGACUCUUGAGGUAGUUUGAGUUGAGUCCUUGAGGGAGAGUAUUAAUAAUGCAAGUUAACAAAUUUUAUUUGGUUUGCUUAUUCCUGACAACACCCCUCCAAUGAGGAUAGCUUCAUUAACAACACCCCUGAACCUGACGGUGAACUUCUCCUCGAAGAGUACCAAGUUCACCGCGGGCUGGCCGCAGUGGCGAAGCUUGGGCAAAUUAGAGGGUGGUGCACUUGUUUUGUGGGUGCAUAAACAAGUCUAAUAGGUGGUGCAUGUAUGAUAAAAUUUUAAUCAAAUUCACUGUUUUUACAAUUUUUGGUGGUGCAUUUGCACCACCUGCAUAUAACCUACCUUCGCCCCUGGCUGGCCGUCGCUGCCGAGCAAGGUGAAGACUGUCGUCUGCGCGAUGGAGGAUAUGCAGUGCCAGCCUGACAGCCCGUCAUCUGAGGAGGAUGGCAAUGACAUCCGUGAGGAUCGGAGCCCCAAGAUAACGACCAAGAAGCGUCAGAUUCACCUAUCCAAGAUGGAUAUUCUGACCAUCGUUUUCAGCAACCGUUCUCUGAUCAAGUGCAGCCAAUGGACGAGCAAACCAGGACUCCAGGUUCUGAUGUCGAGGAUGACUUUAAUGUUGACGAGUUCGCUCCUCCAAUGGAAUGGAGAAAAAUCCUAGACACAAGAAGAGAAAUGAAUGGACCAAGAACAUCGUCUCGGUGUUCCUUGAGCAGCCCCUGCAGAGACAAUGGCAGCCACAAUGAUGGAUUGGAAGAACUGACAGGAAAGAUGUCCCAUAAUUGAUAUCUAAUGCUGCAAAGUUGAUCCAGCUCCCUUCACGAGUCAUCCUCUCCAGAUCAUCUCCAUUUGCCAGCAAGGCUUUAGCUUCAACAGGGAGUACAUUGUUCUUCCAAUCAAACGCUGACUGAUAUAAGACACGUUCCCAUCUGUUGUUCACCUGACUAAGCCAGGUAGAUUGUGAGGUCUUGUACCGAAGCAUUUCAACUUGUUCAGGCGAUCCAGAAACUCUGGUAUCUUCUCCUUUGGGCAUAGAGAGCUCCAGUUGUGCAGCAUAGUUGUUACCUUCAGUAACAGUAUCCUCACAUCUAUCCAGCGUAUACCCAGAAAGCACAAGUUGUUUCUUAGUUUCUAAAGCCUCCAUAGGGCAGCAACACAAAAAGUAUUUUCCACUAUGAACUUCUUGUUACUCAACCACAUAGUUCCUAAAGACCCAAAGUCUAUACCAACUUGUCUAUCUAAAACUUAAGAAAGAAAGGCCCAAAGUUGUUUAGCUACUACACAGUCAAAAAACAAAUGAUUGACAGUUUCUUUUUCAAAAAUGUUGACAGAAAUGCCAGGCAAAUAUAUUAAUAUAGAGGAGGAAAGAGACAAAGUACAAACAGAAAAAAAAGGAAAACCAACAAACCAAAAGGCCCAAAUAAGAGAUUUAGGCCCUCAAGGCAAAAGAGGCAAACGACCUAAACCAUAGGCAAAAUUUCUCGUAAACGCUUGGGUCCCGCACUACACCAAAGUUGAGCCUCCUCCUUGAUCUUUGCAUGUGCUUGACAGUUUCAAUCUUAGAGCAAAAUAAACAAGUAGGAUCCUUAAUUUUCUUCCUGAUACUCAAAUUAUCCCUAGUAAGCACCUUGUUUGGACAACAGCCAUAAGAAAAAGUGCACUCAAGGUGGGAUUUUAAGAGACCAAACAGCAGGAACAUAAACUGGAGAAAUACCCCUAAAAUUGAUGACUUUGUAUAAGGACUAUGAAGAAUAAACACCCUGAGAAUUGAACUGCCAGAUCAAAGAAUCCUACUCAUCCGUAAAAGUAAUAGUGGAAGCUAACAAAGGUGAUUUUAAUUCAGAUGGGAGAGAUUUUAGAGCAGUAUCUACUCACAAAUGCUUAAAAUGCUAAAAUCUGAUGAAAUUUGAAUGAUGUGGGAUACUGGAAUCGAAGAAUUUUUAUCCCAUCCAAACAGCGUCUCUUUCUCCUCCGUGUCCGUGUGACUGUCUGUGUCUGUCGCCGCCUUCUGUCGCGUGGGUCCUCUUUGUUAGUACUUUCUCUCUGCUUCCCCGUCCGUCACUGCUCUGCUCCCGUGCACCCCGGGCAUCUCCUUUGCCGCGCCACCGCUUCCCCUCGCCACCGGCGUGCCCUUCCGCCACCCUGCGCCGUGCCUACGCUCGCUAUGCCGCCCCGCUGUCGCUCGUGCGCCUCCGCUGAUCUAGUGCUGCGUGCCGCCGUUCUUGUGCCUUCCCGCCGCCUUAUGGCCGUGCUGCCGCCGCUGGCUGCUUUCACCGACACCAUUCCCUGCCGUCUGUGUACUCUACCGUUGUCCCGCGUGCGCCUGGCCGUCAGGUUUCUCCGCACGUGUUCUCACCCAGUAUGCAGAAUGCACUACACUACCACUAUCUCCGCAGCUUCUCCGGCGAGAUCGAGAUCUCCCACAGCAUUGGGUGUAAUUUCCUCCCGCACCUGGCUUCUGUCCUCCUUCAAGUGCACGACCACUAGAACCCAAGGCCUCAUAAAUUUCAAAAUAUACUCAAGAAAUAGAGAAAAUAGUCGUCCAAGAUGGACAUCGCCAUGGGAGAUUGGGAGCUAUGAACACCAUCCUUCCCAAGCUUGCAGAGCUGGUGGCAGGUGAGUACAAGCUGCAGAAGGGUGUCAAGGGAGAGAUCACAGUACACCAGGGAGAGCUGACGAGCAUGAGUGCCACCCUCCACAAGGUGGCUGAAGUGCUGCCGGACCAGCUAUAAUGAGUAGGUCGGGCCAGCGAUGUGAGGGAGCUAUCCUAUGACAUAGAAGAUGAAGUCGACACCUUCAUGUUGCGGGGCAAGGAGCAUGACCAUACCAAGCCGUUCAGCCUCAAGGGGCUCAUUGGUAAGGCCAUCCAUCUGUACAAGAAGGCCAAAGACUAACCAUCAGAUCCACAGUGUUAUCAAAGACAUCAUGGACCAGGUCAAGAAGGUCACUAAGCGUCGUUAUAGGUACAAGAUUGACAGCAUUACUGCCAGGCCAGCUAUGGUGUCGGUUGAUCCUUGCCUAGAAGGUAUGUACAGAAAGACAGCAGAGCUAGUUGCCAUUGGCGGGCUAAAGGAUGAGCUAACUAAGCGACUCUUGGGACAACACUGCUCAUCGAGGCAGCAAAAUAUAAAUUCUGUUGUUGGAUUUUGAGGACUGGGGAAGACAACUCUUGCCAAUUCAUUGAUUCAAGAUCUUAAGUCAAAUUUUGAUUGCCGUAUUUUUGUGUCUGUCUCCCUUAAUCCUGAUAUAAAGAAGAUUUUCAAGAACAUCCUUCUGCAACUUGAUGACAAGAAGUAUAGCCGCAUAGAUGAAGGAUGGGAAGUGCAGCAGGCCAGGAGCUCAUUGACAAAAUUAUAGAAUUCCUCAAGAAUACAAAGUGUUUGUGUGUGAUUGAUGAUUUAUGGAAAGAAUCUGACUGGGAUACUAUCAAACUUGCUUGCCAGGAUGGUCAUCCUAGAAGCAGGAUAAUCAUAACCACUCGCAAGAAGACUGUUGCUGAACAUGUUGGUGGUCUUUAUGAAAUGAAACCACUUUCUGAUGAUGACUCAAGAAAGUUGCUCGACAAGAGAAUAUUUGACACUGAUGAUAAGUGUCCUCCUAGUUUGGGAGAAGCCGCUGGAAAAAUCUUAUAGAAAUGUUUUGGUGUGCCAUUAACCAUUAUUACUACAGCAAGUUUACUAGCUAGUAAACCGAUGUGUUCAGUGGAAUGGGAGAAGGUGAAUAAGUCUAUCGGUUUUGGUUUUGGUUCUGGUUCUGGACAUAAAAAUAGUCUUGAUGUGGACAAGAUGAGGAAGAUAUUAAGCCUAAGUUAUAAUGAUCUACCUUUUCAUUUAAAGACUUGCUUGCUGUCUCUGAGCAAAUAUCCUGAGGAUCAGGUGAUUGAGAAGGAUGCUUUGAUAUUGAGCUGGAUAGCAGAAGGUUUCAUUAAAGUAGAGACACAACCUGCAGGGACAAGCUUGCAGGAGAUAUGAGAGAACUACUUCAGCGAGCUCAUCAAUCGAAGCUUGAUCCAGCCAGUGGACAGGUGGCCGUUGGAUCGUUAUACUGAAAUAGGUGUUGUGGUUCCUGCUUGCCAAGUACAUGACAUGGUGCUUGAGCUAAUAAAUCAGUUGUCAGCUGAAGAAGGUCUUUUUACAACGCUAUUAUCAGAAGAUGGUCAACAAGCAAGUACACUUACAUCUGCUGUGCAGAAGAUGAAAAUUCGUCGGCUGUCUAUCCAUAACAGCAAUGAAUCCUACGCCUCAGCAGAAGCAAGAGAGCAACUGUCCAAAGUGAGGUCACUUGAUAUCUUUGGCAAGGUUAAGUCGAUACCACCCCUGUCGAGCUUUCAUGUCCUGCGUCUGUUGCAAGUGGAUGAUUGCACUGGGCUGGAGAACAAUCAUCUCAAUAAUCUUGGUAGGUUGUGUCUGUCAGCUGAGAUUUCCGCCACUACACGGUUUGCAAGUCUUGGAGCUACCCGAGAGUAUUGGCGAGCUGGAGUCCCUGCAGACAUUGGACAUAAGACGUGCCUAUGUCUGGCAGGAGAUACUGUUGCCAGUGUCUUUCGAUAAACUAGGUAGUAAGCUGGUCCGGCUACUCUCUGAAAGGGUUAAACUACCGGAUGGUCUGGCUCUGCACAAUAUGAAAUCUCUGCGAGAGCUCGUAGGCAUACUGGUUACGUUGCAUGCAGUGUCUAAGAUUGGUAAACUGAGAGGGCUAAAGGUUCUCGGAUUUGGCACCGGUUUCAAAAAUUCUCACAAAUCAGAUCUGGAGUUGAUCCCCAAGUGCCUAGAAAUGUGCCCCAGUUUACAAGUAUCAUUCAUAGUACUAGUACAAUCCUGCACAAGAUUAUCCUCUGGAUUUCAUGGAACAUGUUCCUUGUAUCCAGUGCCAAUAUUGAUUAUGGCUUGGAGAACCUCUCCGUCAUGUCGUUGUUCGGAUAGCGAUUAAGGAGUGCCCCGAAGCGCAUGAUGCUAUCAGGAAUGCAAUUAGAGAUCAUCCCAACCAUCCCUCGCUCGAUGUUUCCUAACCUAAAAUAUAAGAGGCACGGGCUGACUCCUCUCCUGAUCAUGAUAGAAUGCCCAUGCCCCGUGCAGUAUUUCAUUCAUGCAUGGUUCAAACACAAGAGCCUAGUUGAUGAUUUUCCAACCAUUUGUCAUCAUAUUAUUGUUUGAAUAACCUUUUCCUUAUGAGAUAUGUUUUCAAUCUCCACUUUACUUCUGAUUAAUGAAAAACGUACCUAGUCAUGGUCAUAAAAAAAAAGAAAUGUUUUCAAUCAUGUCAUGGACAUAAAAUGAUUUCCAUAUUAAUUUGUUAGGUCUCAUGUAGCUUUUCAUUGCUCCUCCAUGUCUGUUAGAGUUUUGUUUCAUAUUGUGAAUUAGGUUAAAAUAACAUGGGUCCUAGGAAUGGCCUAUUUUACCGUUUAUGACAUAUAUAAUAUAAAUCCUUUUACACUUUGAGGCUUCAAUCUCAUUCUUGUCGUUUAUUUCUCUGUAUAGAACGGAAGCUUGUGCGGGCGUCUGUAGCGGCACAUUCCUUUUGUUACAGGGUUGGAGGCUAUAUAUAUAUGACUUGAUCUAAUAAUAUCGAUCUUUCUUGUAAUUGAGGAUGGAUCGCCACUAUAUAUGCUUUACCUAUUUCUGGACAUAUUCCAUCGACACAUUGUAUGGAGUUUGAUUAAGUUUGAAUGUUUGAUACAUAAUGAUUACUGUUGGCUGAGGCCUAAUAUCGAUCUUUCUUGGAAUUGAGGCUGGAUGGCCACUGGACUUUACCUA